GCCCGCUGCCCGGCCGGGCGGCCAGGCGGGGAGCACCGCGGCGGCCCCAGGAGGUGGCAGCGGGCGCCGGAGCCCGGGCCGCGCGGGACUGGCCGUCGGGGGCCCGGGACGGCGGCCCGGGAGGCGCCCAUGCCAUGGACAAGCUGGCGGCCGGCCUGGCCGGCCUGCGCUGGAGCAUGGUCGCCUUCCCGCUGGACCUCAUCGUCAGCCGCUGCCGCCUGCCAACGCUCGCCUGCCUCGGGCCAGGGGAGUACGCCGAGGGCGUCAGUGAACGAGACAUCCUGCUCAUUCAUUCCUGCCGCCAGUGGACGACGGUGACAGCCCACACACUGGAGGAAGGCCACUAUGUCAUCGGGCCCAAGAUUGACAUCCCCCUGCAGUAUCCAGGGAAGUUCAAGCUCCUGGAACAGGCCCGGGAUGUGCGGGAGCCAGUGAGGUACUUCAGCAGCGUGGAGGAGGUGGCCAGUGUCUUCCCCGACCGCAUCUUUGUGAUGGAAGCCAUCACCUUCAGUGUCAAGGUGGUGUCGGGAGAGUUCAGCGAGGACAGUGAGGUGUACAACUUCACGCUGCACGCAGGCGAUGAGCUCACUCUCAUGGGCCAGGCAGAGAUCCUGUGCGCCAAGACCACCAAGGAGCGCUCGCGCUUCACCACCCUGCUGCGCAAGCUGGGCCGGGCUGGCGCCUUGGCCGGAGUGGGAGGACCGGGGGGUGCAGGGGCCGCCGGCGGGGGCGCCCGGCCCAUCAAAGGCAAGAUGCCCUGCCUCAUCUGCAUGAACCACCGCACCAACGAGAGUCUGAGCCUGCCCUUCCAGUGCCAGGGCCGCUUCAGCACGCGCAGCCCGCUGGAGCUACAGAUGCAGGAGGGCGAGCACACGGUGCGCGCCAUCAUCGAGCGUGUGCGGCUCCCCGUGAACGUGCUGGUACCCAGCCGGCCGCCACGCAACCCCUACGACCUGCACCCGGUGCGGGAGGGCCACUGCUACAAGCUGGUCAGCAUCAUCUCCAAGACUGUGGUGCUGGGGCUGGCGCUGCGCCGCGAGGGCCCGGCGCCCCUGCACUUCCUGCUGCUCACCGACACGCCGCGCUUUGCGCUGCCACAGGGCCUGCUGGCGGGGGACCCGCGUGUCGAGCGCUUGGUGCGCGACAGCGCCUCCUACUGCCGCGAGCGCUUCGACCCCGACGAGUACUCCACCGCGGUGCGCGAGGCACCCGCCGAGCUGGCCGAGGACUGCGCCAGCCCGCGCCGCGCGCGCCUCUGCCUGCCCGCGCCCCAGCGUGCCCACGCACUCGCCCGCGCCCCCAGCCCUCCCGGUGACUGCGACCAGGAGGAGUACGUGAGCCCAGACUGGGCUGGCGCACCCGACCCCGCAGCCUCACCCGCCGAGAUCCCUUACGAGGAGCUGUGGGCGCACCAGGCAGCCGAGGGCCUCGCCGAGGGCCGGACCCGGCAGCCCCCGGGGCCCGACCUCAUCUCCUUCGGGGCCCCGGGGCCCCCACGCCUGGAGCCCGAGACGCAGCCACCUCCCGUGCCUCCCAAAUCCGAGGCGGUGAAGGAGGAGUGCCGCCUGCUCAAUGCCCCGCCUGUGCCUCCCCGGGGUGGCAGUGGCAGUGGCCAGCUCUCUGGCAGCCCCCCAGUGCCCCCACGCUUCCCCAAGCUACAGCCUGUCCAUUCGCCCAACUCCAGUCUCUCCUACUACUCCUCUGGCCUCCAGGAUGGGACGGGUUCCCGCAGUGGCAGUGGCUCUCCGUCACCAGAUGCCUACUCCCUCUAUUGCUACCCAUGCACCUGGGCAGACUGCAAAGUGGGCGAGCCCUCCAGCCGACCACCCUCGGGGCCCCUGCCCUCCACCACGCAGCCCAGCCAGGCCUCGAGGUCCCCUGCAGAGCCCCCGAGCAGUCGAGCGGCCUCCCUCCUGGGGGCCGACCCCUCUGUCAAGACCUACCACGGCUGCCCGCCACUCUUCAAGCCCUCUCAGCCCCAGAAACGCUUUGCUCCAUUUGGAGCUCUCAACCCCUUUUCCGGGCCUGCCUACCCCUCGGGCCCUUCAGCGGCCCCCUCUUCUGGGCCCACAACCACUUCGGGGGCCGUGGCUACCUGCAGCCCUGUGUAUUCCCCAGGCCCAGGGUCGCCAGGCCAGGCCUAUUCAGCUGCUUCCACCUCCUCAGGUCCCACCUCCUCUUCCUCUUCCUCUGAGUGGCAGGAACCAGCCCUGGAGCCCUUUGAUCCCUUUGAGCUGGGGCAGGGUGGUUCUCCAGAGCCUGAGGUGCUGCGCUGCCAGGAGCCCAGAGCUGUGGGGGUACCUGGAUCUGGACCCCGCCUCUCACCACUUGGACCCCCCAAGGUUUUAGAGCCUGAAGGUUUAAUACUGCGACAGGCGUCUGCUCCACUGUCACCAGUGGCCCUGAAGGGGCCCAAGGCAGGUGGAGCACGACUCCUCCUCAACCAAGGGCGCCUAGAGGGGCCUCCUGCCAGUCCCCGGGACGGGACCACGGGCUGGGGAGGCCGGGAUGCUUCCUGGCAGCCCCCCGCUGACCUGUCUGCGCUUUCCCUGGAGGAGGUCUCUCGCAGCCUGCGUUUCAUCGGACUCUCAGAGGAUGUGGUGAGCUUCUUCGCCAGAGAACGCAUCGACGGCAGCAUCUUUGUGCAGCUCAGUGAGGACAUCUUGGCAGACGACUUCCACCUCACCAAGCUUCAGGUCAAGAAGAUCAUGCAGUUCAUCAAAGGCUGGCGGCCCAAGAUCUGACCUUCCCAGCUCGUAGCUGCACAACCGGAAUGGUGGCAGAGAAGCCCUGGGGCCAACCGUGGGGCUGCAGGGUGCAAGCCCGGGGGCCGGUCUGCCUGUGGGGAGAAUCUUUGCUGAGACUGAGGAUGCUAGGUAGCUAGCUGUCUGUGAGUCUAGGGGAGACACACUUGGAAAUGGGGUGCUCUGGGGCCGCACCCCUGCACGGGAACGGCCUGCCUUCGAGCGUGCAGAGUAGUGGGGAGAGGACGGGAGGGCCCAGGUGCACCUGGACCUGGUUAGGCAUUUGCUGCAGUUCCCACCGUGGGGUCACAAGGUGGCCUUCGUGGUGACCUAACACCCUCCCACGCCCUGCCGCAGAGCUUCACAGACAGCGCGCACUUCUUGUUUGUAGGUUCAGGUUAGAGAAAAGGGAAGCUGGUCCGUAAUUUAAGCACAAAUUCCCCAAGUGCCCUCUCUCCUCUGAGCUCUGGGGGCUUCUGGCCUAAGCUGCCCCAGGGUUGGGGUGCCAAUUUUAGGACCUCUGCUCUACGGUGGGUAGGUCCCUGGCCCUGGGCACAAGUGUAUCAAGUACAAGCCCGUGCCAUGGCAGCUCGAGGCUCCACCUCUGGGUCCCGGCUCGUGGGUGAUGACUUGGCAAGAGCACAGCUCUGCGUUUGAGGUACUUACCUAGUCAGGGAGGCACAUGCUCCCCUCAUGUCCUGGGUUUUCCCUGGUCUCAGUGCAACAGGCCCCCCUCCAUCCUGCAGGGUCGGACCAAUCUGCCAAGACCCUGACUCCGUGGAAGAGCAGGUGGAUUUGAGGCAGCUGCUCCUUGAUCCUAGAGGCAAGUGGCUUUCAACCACGCCCACUUGCCCCUGGCUUCUGUCCCCACCCCUCGACUCUGGCACACACCUGGUGUCCUUCCUUGGUUUCCUGUCACUGGUGUACAGGGGGCUGGUGGGAAGGAGAAAGCACAGUGGCUUGGGAAAACCUGCCUCUUCUCCCCUGGAGCUCGGCCUUCCUGCACCUGCUCACGUGCCUCAGGGCAGGUCUUGGUGUCCUGCGUCUCAAGCACGGUCACCUGCUUUGCACCCAGAGCAGGUUGGCCACUGUGUACAACUCCCGGCCCCCUUCACCUGCCCAGGAUCGCACCGAUCCUCACGCUCACUAGUGCCAGGCAGCAGAGGUACCAGUCUUCUCUUCCGCCUUACCUAGCCAACCUAAAUAUUUAUUUCCACUUUCUGUCUCAAGUGUAGCAAAGCCAUGCUGGCGCUUGUGCCUCGAGCAGGCAGCCUCAGUUCUGAGGGAAGGGGUGUCGGGAAAUAGAGCACAGAAACCGACAUGGAGACUUGGCUUCCUUGCCCGUCGCUGAAUGAACCCUCCAGGGCUAGUGAAAUAAAUGCUAGACUGCUGAAGGGUAGUCAGGUGGA